UUUUCCCCCUUGAAAAUUAAAAAAAUAAAAAUUGAAACUUUUUGGGAAUUUCGGUUAAAGGUUCAAUUUUGUUAUAUGAUUCCACAAGAUUUUGGCCUGCAAGCCACAUGCUUUCAUUUUCACUGACUAACGAAAUUCAAGGCCACAACUUUUUCAAUACCUGUUUUGGCGCUUCCAGGAAUCUUCUUCCGCACCCACUUUUGAAAACCCUAAAUCUAACCAAAUUAUUCAUCUUUCUUCUCAGCCAUCCUACAGUGGCAGGGGUAGUGAGGUAGAGGAAUGGAAAUGGAGGAAGAGGGAAUAGGGUUAGUGUUGGCAAGAGCUACGGAGCUGAGAUUGAAAAUCAGCAACUGCAUUGAUUGCAUUGAUAAAUCUACCAGCAAGGACUCAUCUCCUAAAGAGAGCUGGAAGCAGGAAAAACAAGGGAGUUUUGUUAAUGGAGAUCAAAGUCCCAAGGAUUUUCAGUCUCAAGAGGAAGUGAGUGUGGAAAAAGAAGGAGAACAAGAAGGAGAAGAAGAGAAAGAGGAGGAAGAAGAAGCAGAGAGUCUUUUGCAUAUAUAUGAUGCCUUGGAGUCCCUUGAGACCCAGCUUGCUGCUUUGCAGAAUCUAAGACAACGGCAACAAUAUGAGAAGCAAGCUGCUCUUGCUGAGAUUGAUUAUAGCCGGAAAAUGUUACUAGAGAAACUCAAGGACUACAAGGGGAAAAACUUGGAAGUGAUACAAGAGGCUUCUGCUUUUGCUGGUGAAAAAGUAGAGUAUGACAAUGAUCUCCUCCUUCCUCCAUAUCCAAGUCGACCUCCACAGUCCUCGAUUUUGGAUAACGGCUAUUUGUCACACCUUACUUCAACGCAGAAACUUGUGCAAAAGGGAAAGCGCACUAGCGAGCGAACAAGUGAGGCAAAGAAGCAAAUGGAUAACAAAGAGAGAAGUAAAGUGCCUGCUGGGUCAGAAAACUCAAGGAAAGGAGUGGGACACGUCAUUAGCUCAGUAGCAAAGAUGGCGCUUCCCAUUGUUGGGGUCAUAUGCAUAUUACGUUUGGGGGUUUCCGGGUCUGAUCUUGGGACAAGAAGUAUCUCUCACAAGGUUUUAGGCUUGUUUCAAAAACCCAGAACUGAAGAAAAGAGAUCCUCUGUUCAAUGUCCACCUGGGAAAGUCCCGGUUGUGGAGAAUGGAAAAGCUCGCUGUGUUGUAAAAGAGAGGGUUGAAAUCCCUUUCGAGUCAAUGGUUUUGGAAAGAGAUGUAAAUUACGGGUAUGUAAUGGCCACUUGUGAAGGUAGAGUUUUCACUCAAGAGCAAGAAGCUCUGGUGGUUAAGUCUUGGAAUGUAAUGAAGAAGAAUGCUGCAGAACUGGGUCUUAAGUUCUUCUUGAAGAUAUUUGAAAUUGCACCAUCAGCCCAGAAGCUCUUCUCAUUUUUGAGAGACUCGAAGGUCCCUCUGGAGCAGAACACAAAGCUCAAGCCCCAUGCUAUGUCUGUCUUUGUUAUGACUUGUGAUUCAGCAGUUCAACUGAGGAAAGCUGGAAAAGUCACUGUGAGGGAAUCAAACUUGAAGAAAUUAGGUGCUACACAUUUCAAGUAUGGUGUUGUUGACGAACACUUUGAGGUUACAAAAUUUGCACUACUGGAAACCAUAAAGGAAGCAGUGCCAGAAAUGUGGUCGGCAGAGAUGAAGAAUGCAUGGGGAGAAGCUUAUGAUCAAUUGGUUUCUGCCAUUAAAUCAGAAAUGAAGCCUUCCUCUUAAUUAAAAUUCCUUUUUUCACUCAGUAUAAUCCACCACUUGUUACUAUAAAAAUCAAAUCCCAUAGUUCCUACACCAGAUCUAUAUAGUUGUUGUUGUGUUUGUACGCAAAAUUUAUAUAAUAUACAUUAGAUUGGACCA